AUGGGCGAUACAGUUGCUGCUACACCUGCUAUUAGCAUUGUGAUUCUUGCGCUUAAAUCUGAGGAGCCAGUCUCGCAGAUUGCCGUCGGUUUUGCAUUUGUUGCUUUGGUCAAUUUCGGAAACCAGGUACACGCACUUGCGUUAUGCUUCAGUUUAGCCGACACAGCGUUGCGUGGUGCGGGCCAAAUUCGAGCAUACAUCCAGUCAACACCCCAGGAACGGGACCCAGAGGAUACAGGCCAAUUGGGGGAGUCCGACACACUGCGCUCGACCAUGUAUGAUUCACUGUUGAGCCUGGUCAAAUUGUCGGCAUCUCAGGACGCACGGGAAGUGGGAAAACACCAAUUUUUCUAG